UCAGUCUCCCGGGGCCCCCCCGGGCUGGAGCCACAGCCCCGCCUCUCUGCGGCCCGCCCUCGGUGCAGCAACAGGCCCAGGUUUUCGUACCUGGAGGUUGACUGUACUGCUUGGGACAGGAAGAAAGUUCAAGUUCAGAUUCGCUUUCUGCGUCCUACACAGCGAGCUCUGUGGGCACAGGCCGAGAGGGCACGGAGGCUCCUCCAAGGACGUGGGGGCGGGGCAGUCCUGUUACCUGAUUCAAAGCGAGAUUUUUAACUUCAAAUCAGUUCAGUUAAGCAAACGUGGGCCCAAGGGGGCAACGUCAGCCUCAGUUGUCUGGAGCACUCAGUAUGCGGAGGCCACGACUUCCCUGAGACGUGGGGCAAGUGGGGUGCGGACCACCUCCCCUCCCUGCUCCCCAGAUCUAUGGGGCUUCCUGGCCAGAGCUUGAGCUGGGACGAGGGUCACUAGGCAAUUGCCUCCUUUUACCACUAACCAGCUCAUGUGUCCAAGGGGUUGCACAGUGGGGGUCCACAGGCUGGGUUCAACCCAAGGAUAUGUUUCUUCUGUCCUGUGAUAUUUUCAAAGUUUGGACAUUCCAUGCACAGGUAUGGAUUUUCUUCUCCUAAUGAGUCUGCAGCUCUGGAACCCGAGGCCUUUACCCUCUUGGCAGCUACUGGCAGGCCUGGGAUCUGUUCUCUGUUCCUUGGUCCCUGAAAAAUCUCCACUGGGCCCCACCUGGCCUGCCUGAACCCUGCAGGCUGCCCUUUGGAGGCCCCCGCUGGAAUGUCCGGGGCACUGAGGGUGGUGACCUGCCCAAUCCCCAGCUGGCCCAGGCCUCGCUCCUGCAAGGGUGCUCUAGCCACUGCCCUGCGGGCCUCUCACUGAGGACUGUGGGCUCCGGGAGCCCUGGGAAUGGAGAUCUCCAGAAGGUCAGGAGCCUGGCCACUGUCUAGAGCAAGGCCACGCAGGCAGUCCCUGCUCCGGUCGGGGGGCAUUCAGUGCAUCUUAGAGAUCCAGGCCCAGACCCAAGGCAGAACUCUGGAGCUUUCGAGGUUCUGCCAGCAACCCGGUGGGGGGGGGGCUUUCCUAUCCCGUAGGUGCCCCCCCCCUCUAGGGAUCAGGACACUCACAGGCCUGUCUCAGGCAAAGGGGGAAAGGUGUGGAGAAAUGGGCUGGAGUGGCUGCUGGGCCUGGGUCUGUGGGCAAAGGAAAGCGGGUGAAGGAGGCACCCGUGUCCCCACCCUUGCUCCCCGUGGACAAGGUCCCACAGGCCCGGGGCUCCCUCUCCUCCACAGGCCCCGACCACGGCUGCCAUGUUGUGUCAUGGUGGCUUGGCAUUCCGGCUGCCCUGGCACAGUCACCCCAGGCAGAGCAGACAGGGACGUUGUGGCCGGGUGCGUCCUGCUCAGGAGGGCCCCCCCCCCCCAGCAUGGCCGCAGGGAAGCUGCCAGGGGAAGUGGGGUGGGUGGGGAGCAGUGUCCCCCCAGAGCCCCCAGGACCGCUCCCGCUGCGGCCCGGAUGGGGCAGGUUCUCCCUGAACUGUUGGGGGGUCCCUCUUCUUGGCAGGCCCUAAUCCGAGCGUGGAGCCCCCGGGGCAGGCCCCCGCCGGAGAGAGUGACCACCUUAGAGGUGCAGUGGCACCCCCCCCCGCGCCCCCCUGCUUCCCUCAGCCAAAGUGGGGGGGGGGGGCGUGCAAGAAACAGAGGAGAGAGCCCGAGUGGUCUUGUUUCCCCUUUAAGAGCCUGGAUGGCCGCCGCCCAGACGCAGCAGCCCCUGGGAGGGAACGUGUCGGGAAGAUUCCCUCCCGAACUUCCGAGGCUUUGUUCGGGAGGAGGCCGGGGAGGGCAGACUUCGCGGGGCGCUGGAGGGCCGGGGCUCGGCGGUGCGCUCUCAUGGCGGCCGCGGCGCCCCCUCCCGGCCCGAGACCCGGCCCCUGCACCCCGGGCCGCCCACCCCGAAGCCCCGAAGCCCCGAAGUCCCGAAGCCCCGAAGCCCCGAAGCCCGGGCCGCGCGCUCGGACCCCGGCCGGCCGCGGCGCACGGGGUGGGGCGAGGGCGGGGGAGCGGGCGCGCUUACCGGGUCGUCCCGGGGAGCCCCGCGCGGUCAAGUUCACGUCCGGCCCCUGGACUGUCCGAGGUCCCGGCGCGGCCGGGCGGAGCGAGGCCGCGACGGGCGGCGCCCCGGGUCCCCGCCGCGCCCGGCCCUUGGGGCGCCGCUGUCACCCUGGCCUUGCGACCCCAACUUUCCGCCCGGUCGCGGAGCUGGAAGUUUCCGGGCUUCGCGGGCGCUGGGCUGGGUUUCAGCAGCGACGUCUGAGCUUGGCAACAAAGAGGGAAAGCAGGCCGGGAGAGGGGAGGAAAGAAAGAAAUACGCUGGAGGGGGGCGGGGGGGGUGCUGGCUACUUAGAAAUCCGACAAUUUGAAAUUCCGCCCAGAGCUUUUUGGGGUUGUUUCUUUCUUAAUUGGUAAACAACCACCCCUCCCCCUCUGGAGGGUCUCCUUCAGCCUUGCUGGGCACCCUCCUGGGGCACCUGUGUGUUUUAUAACCCACUCCCAAGUGUCUUGGGCAAAUUGGGGGGCGGAGGGGGUGGCGAAGAGAGCAGAACAUAUGCUUCCUGAAAGGUAGUGACACUAACACCGAGUCCCCGGGGCAGCAGCAGCCCCUGGGUCUCUGUCUGUCUUGUCCCCCCAGCAAAGGGCUUGAGUCAGCCACUGCGGCCAGCUACCCUAUGUUUCUGUCCUCAGAGUGGAAGGACAGCUGGUGAGCCCCGGUGUCCCGGAGGGGACCGCGGAGAGGCCCAGCCGGCAUCUGCAGUGAACGCAGGACCCCGUUCCUGCCCUUCGGGCACAUGUUUCGUGUGCCAGGCCUUGACCACACCUGGCAGCCCUGGGCUGCUCUUCUUCAUUUUCUGCCCUCUUGGCUCCGCCUGGCUUGGAACCUUCCCGGGGCAGCGUCCUGGGGACACAUCCGGGCUGGGGGAGGCAGCUGAGCGGCCCCAGGUCUGGGAACCUGUGCACCACCCAAGCCCCGUCCCUUCGGGGGUCCUGUGAGCACUGGAACAGGAGCUGGGGGGCACAGAGUAGCCACCUACCAAUCAGCCCUGGGAUGCCCCUGCGCUGCCCUGUUUAUCCGUGUGUCUGUCCAUCUUUCCUUGUAAGACUGUUUAUGGAGAGACUACUCUGUCCCAGGCCUGCUACUCCAGAGUGCCCGAAACGCUGGGAGAAGCAGGGAAAAAACGUGCCCCCUGAAGACGCAGGAAGCUGUUGUGGAAGGAGUAUAGUUCCAGAGAGUCGGAGGCGUCCACGUUCAGCCCUCAGCUCUGCCUCAUUUGCCGUCUCAGGGGCUCAGCUCCCUGGGCUGGGGGCAACCGGUCCCUCCUGCAGGGUGUCCUGAGGAGACAGGGUGAUGGGAGACGUUCGCAGAGGACCCGGCACAUAGCAGGUUCAGGCUUUUAUUUUUCCAUUUCUACAGUCUGUUAAGGGAAGAGAAACCGAGUCGGUCGGGCCUCCUCCUCGGAACCUUUGUGAGGCCAGCUGGCCGGAGGGAAGCGGCCUUAGGUUGGGGGUGAUGCCGGGGCCCCAGCGGCUCCAAGAGCAGGCAGAACCCUGUUCUCGGAGAAGUUCACAUUCCGCUGCGAAGCUCAGCUGCCGGGUCCACCGAAUGUGCGUACGUUAGAAGUCGCACAAGAACCCGGAGCAGACAACGCGCGUGGGAGAAAACUCAGCCCCGGACCCCCAAACCCACCCCGCAUUGAUGAGCUAGUUGGGGCCCAGAAGCUCCCGGGAAAUGAAGCUUGAAUCGUGUGAGAAUCCAGGCGUGGGGUCAAGUCUGAGCUCCGCCGCCUGGGUGACUUCAGUGAAUCACUUCUGCCUCAGUUUCCCCAAAGUUGGAGAGAGUGGUGGCGGUGAAUAACGGCCCCGGCCUCCCAGGGCCACGGAGGGCAGGAGAUCCGCUGCGGGGUCUGCCACCUCCACCCCCACCCCGGUCCCCGCAACUCUCACCGAGGACAACUUCCUCCAGCGGGGAAAGCAAGCGGCUUGGGCGGCAGAGAGACCAGAACCCCCACCCCCGCCGGUGCUCGGGAGAGGAGCCGCGGGUCCCCGCACUCCAAACGGGAGGGUCUGGCUUCCAGGCCAAGGAUAACGUCCCUCCCUCCAUCAGUGAUGCCGGUGAAUAACCCAGCACUGAAACCCCGGCCAAAGGACUGGGGACAGGGGAGGGCCCCACCCCUCGCACCCUCAUCGUCCGCGAUCACCUCCCAGGGAGCUCCCCUUCGCUGGACCCCUCCGGGGGUGUCCUCACCAUCCGUCCUGGGACCCAGCCCCACGUCCCCGGCCUGCUCUCGCUGGAAAAAGGGAAAAGAGAUAUGUUUGUUCUUAUUUGUUUAUGAAAAGAAAAACGCGUGCUACAGAAAAUUUGGAAAUACGGGAAAGCCCCAAACAAGAAAACAAAAAUUACCCACGAGAUCAUUACUAGGUACAUUUCGAUGGAAGUCCUUCUGGUGUUUUCCAAGCCAGCCAUGUAUACAUGCUGCAUAUAUGUGUGUAGGAUUAUACUAUAGAUUAUUUCACAACCGUUUCGUUCAAUAUGUCCUAAGCAUUUCGUGUCACCAAAUAGUAACCUCUAUAGGAUUUGGAAAAUAAACACCAAGAACUUUAAAAUUAA